UUUGAUCCAGAAGUUUUAGAUUCACCGCCUUACUAUCGCGGUUGGAACAUGGUUCACGUCAAUGGCUCGAAAGAAAAUUUCAUAGAGUCGUUAGCAGAAAAGUCUGAUGAAGAGCUUCGAGAGGAAAGACGCAGGACUGGCAGAUAUCUUGCAAUGGGAAUUGCAAUUUUCAUUGUAACUAUAGGUUUAUACCAAGCAGUUGCGCAAGGUGCAACAAAAUAUGCUACAUUAUUAGGUACGGUUCUCAUCAUGUUUCUCUAUUUACUGUGGUUAUUAUAUGCAGCACAAAGAAAGGGAAAAUUACUAAAAGUGAAUGAAGAAAUAAUUAAAAAAACACUGGAAGAAAGCAAAUUUGUUCAGCAUUCCCAAGAUAAUUUAAAUGUUCCUUUCAAGUCAAAUACUGUGGAAAGACCAAAAAGCAGUCAUGAAAUUCAUGUCCACGUAUAUAGCGAAAAAGAAAAACUGAAAAAUACUGAUCACUCACUUAACAGAACAUAUUCGGUAGCAUAGAAAUUUUUCUUCAUUGAACUGUCAAUUUCUUGUUUGUUUUCUUAAGAAAAAUAAAGAUCAAAUUGUAAGUAAUCUUUAGAAUCUACGUGGCAAAUUUUAGUUAUCUGUUUAUAACCAAUUUAAUUUACAUUAAAAUAUAUAAAAAUUGAUAAAGCAUUUUUUAAUAAAAAUGUUAAAAAUUUAACAUAUAUUUUAUAGGCUUAAUACAAUUGUGAAUGAAAUUGUUAAUAAUAAAG